UUUUCCCCCAUUUCUUCACAGCAGUACCUAGGUUUUGCACAGAGACACAAGUGACUGUGUGUGUGUGUGUGGGAGAGAGAGAAGAUGGUAUCAGGUUCAGGAAUCUGCGCAAAGAGGACGGUGGUGGAUGCACGCCACCAUAUGCUGGGAAGGUUAGCCUCAAUCUUAGCCAAAGAGCUACUCAAUGGACAGAGAGUUGUGGUUGUUAGGUGCGAAGAGAUAUGCCUCUCCGGUGGACUUGUGAGGCAGAAAAUGAAGUACCUUAGGUUCCUUCGUAAAAGAAUGAACACUAAACCCUCUCAUGGUCCCAUCCAUUUUCGUGCUCCUUCUAAAAUCCUUUGGCGUACUAUUCGUGGGAUGAUUCCUCACAAGACCAAGCGCGGGGCAGCUGCACUUGCCCGCUUGAAAGUUUAUGAGGGUGUCCCACCCCCUUAUGACAAGAUUAAGAGGAUGGUCAUUCCUGAUGCUCUCAAGGUAUUGAGGCUCCAAGCAGGGCAUAAGUACUGUCUUUUGGGCAAGCUUUCAUCAGAGGUUGGAUGGAACCAUUAUGAUACUAUCAGGGAUCUUGAGAACAAGAGAAAGGAGAGAGCUCAGGUAACAUAUGAGAGGAGAAAGCAAUUGGCAAAACUUAGAGUUAAGGCUGAGAAAGCUGCUGAGGAGAAGCUUGGACCUCAACUUGCUCUUAUUGCUCCUAUCAAGUAUUGAAGUGGGACAUAGUCAUUUGAAGUACAAUUUUGUUGAAGAUUGAUAUUUUACCUUAAUCUUACCUCUCUUUUUUCAUUACAUUGUGCUCCUGAGUGGUUUAUUUUCAGUUUAGCAGUAGACCCUCUUUCAUUGUAUUUGGUGAUGAAAUCAAAUUUCAUGCUUUUAGUGAUACAGAUGUUAUCUCCUCAAA